CCUCCUCUUCCUCCUGCUGCUGCUGCUGGCCUCCCCGCCGCCGCCUCCCGCCACCCCUAACGCCCGCUGUUGUGAUGCGUAUUCCCGUAGACCCCAGCACCAGCAGGCGCUUCACACCUCCCUCCACGGCCUUCCCUUGCGGCAAGAUGGGCGAGAACAGCGGCCCCCUCGGCCCGCCGGCUCCCCCGGGAGGACCUCGCAGCCGGCCCGAGGCGCGCUCGGUGGUGGACGUCCUGGCCGAUCACCCGGGCGAACUGGUGAGGACCGACAGCCCCAACUUCUUGUGCUCGGUGCUGCCUUCCCACUGGCGAUGCAACAAGCCCCUCCCCGUGGCCUUCAAGGUGGUAGCCCUCGGAGAUGUGCCUGAUGGGACUGUGGUAACCGUUAUGGCUGGUAACGACGAGAACUACUCAGCCGAGCUUCGGAACGCUUCUGCAGUGAUGAAGAAUCAAGUGGCCAGGUUUAACGACCUUCGCUUUGUUGGACGGAGCGGCCGAGGGAAAAGCUUUACUUUGACGAUUACGGUCUUUACAAACCCCACCCAAGUCGCCACCUAUCACCGUGCCAUCAAAGUGACCGUCGAUGGACCUCGGGAACCGCGGAGGCACAGGCAGAAACUUGAAGAGCAAGCCAAAUCCUUUCCCGAUCAACUGGAACGCCUCCGACACUCAAUGAGAGUCAACCCUACAACCCCCAACCCCCGAGGAUCCAUCAGCACUCCCGGACACUUUGGGGCACAGACACAAAGCCAGAUUCAAGGUACAUCUGACUUGAGCCCGUUCUCUGAUCCACGCCAGUUUGACCGGUCCUUUUCUGCAAUAUCAGGCCUCACAGAGACGAGGUUUUCAGACCCUCGGAUGCAUUACCCUGGUGCAAUGCCGGCAGCCUUCCCUUACACAGCCACGCCAUCGGCCACAGGAAUUGGUGGCAUCAGCAUGUCCAGCAUGCCUACUGCCACUCGGUUUCAUCAUACCUACCUUCCUCCACCAUACCCUAGUUCCACCCAAAACCAGAGUGGACCGUUCCAAACCAAUCCUUCCCCAUACCACUUAUACUAUGGUACCUCCUCCGGGUCCUACCAGUUCUCCAUGGUGGCGGGGGGAGAACGCUCACCGACGAGGAUGCUCCCUUCCUGCCCGAGUGCAUCAGCGGGAAACAGCUUGAUUAAUCCCAGCCUUACCAAUCAGAAUGACGGCGUUGAAGCGGAUGGUAGCCACAGUAACUCGCCUACAGCCAUGACCACCACAGGCAGGAUGGAUGAAGCUGUCUGGAGACCAUAUUGAAAAGGGACGAGUCAAUGAGGCACCUUCAGCUUUAAGUGAAUUAAAAUGCCCAAAUGUGUGCUGUGUUGGUUGCUUGUUGAAAAGAGUGGGUCAUUAAAAUGAGUCACAGCCGAAUGUGCUUUUCCCAGAAUGCA